UUUAGUUUAGUUGUGCUCAUUUAUAACAGACUCUAUAAAGUUUCACUGAGUUUAUAAACAGAGUUGUUUUCUCUAGUCUUGCAUGUAGCUCAGGAUGUGGUGGUUCAGUCCGUUUUGUGACACUGUGUUUUGUCCAUGUACCAUUGUGCUGCAGUGCUUAGCAAGUUGAAGGGUGCGGUCGUAAACAAAAGCCACUUGUCGCAUCUUUAAUUUUCUGAACCCAUUUUAACUAACUGUGAAUUCUCGGAAACCGCAGCUAGGUUCAAGGGGAACCAUCAGUUGCAAGGGAGACUGCACCAAAGCAGAGCUGUUCUUGGCUUUAGUGACAGCAUGGAAGCUGUGACAUAGAGAGAUGUUAUAUUGUCAGAGUCACUACUGUUUAGCCUCUAAGUGCUGGAUAAAAAAUCAACAUGUUUUUGAUUUGUGGUCAGCUGUAAUAAGGUUCAGACUUGGCUAGGGGAAAAAUCAUAUUGGUGAAUCCAGUUCUGCUUGAAGAUGGUUCUGUGUUUUCCUCUUUGUGAACUGAGACGUUUCUCCCUGGUCUCUGGCACCAUUAAAUUCAAUUAUUGAAGCUCAGGUACACUUGGUAUUGGAGGAUGCACCUGCUUUAGUACUUUAAUUCAAAUAAAGGAUGUGCUCUUGAAAGGAGUUCCCAGGCAUCCUUGCCUGCUGCACUUUGGUUCAUGUCACAGUGUGAUCAGGCAGUGUGUGAACUUUCCCUUCUGGAAGAAGCUAAAACUAGAAGGUGCACUUCAGUUGUCAGUGGGUGUUGGAUGAAGUGGUGGCAGAACAGCAUGAUCCCUGAGCUUUCAGAUCUGUAAUUGUGACAGCUAUUGCCUAAGCUGCAAGACUCAAGUUCCUUAGCUUGAAGGCUGUAGGUCAGCUGCAAGGAGAAAAGUAAACAAAAACCCCAUGUGAAAUAAUUGUCAACAGUGUCAGCAGCUUUUUCAGAACUUUUUUUUUAAAUAGCUCAGUAGUUUUAAUUUUCAGUUGAACAAUUUCCAUUAUUGAAUAGCUCCCAAACUUAGAAUGUUUUAAAAGUUCUGUAGCAGCAGAAGGGUAAAUAGCUUUCCUGCUUCUAAGGGUUUAAUGACAUAAGUGAACAAAACAAUCCUGCAUAUUUGCUAGAGCAGUAACUGGGACUAGUUGGCAUUUGUUGACUUACUUUCCUUCUCCCACGUUCACCUAGCAUUUGUGGCAAUGUAAUGAAUUCAUGUUGUGUUUGCACUGUCAUCAGUAUUGAGAUAUUUCUGUUCUGUCUUGAGUUGUUGGUUUAAAAUUUUCUGACUUAUUUUUCUCUUUUAAUUUUCCUCUCAGGGCUUCCUUUUAGUGAACCAGCAUGAUAAUUCCUAACUGCCAUUCUAAAAAUACCUCUUAAUGGACAAAAAAAACCCAGUGAAGUUUUGCAUAUUCUUUUUUAAUCAAUUGAUCAGUUGAUUGAUCAGUUGAUUAGUCAAUCAAUUUUAAUCCAUUUUAUUCCUCAAAAUACUGAUUAAUUGAGUGGCUGCUGUCUCUGUGUGUUAAGUAACUAAAAUGGGUUAUGUAGGUCACCUGAACAACUAAGUGCCAUUGCUGUAGAGGUUUAUUUUUUUUUCUCUUUGAGGUUUUUUCCCCACAUGUUUCAAACUGGGGCAUUUCCGCUUACUGCACUUCUUUACAGACUUUAAUUUCAAAUGUUCUGUGUUUCAAGGUAUUUUCAGUGUCAUGGCUGAAAAGCUGCUGUAAUGAGGAAAAAUUAAAAUACACACAGACAUGGGAAAAUCACUUUCUCACCUGCCUAUGCAUUCAUGCAAGGAAGAUGGCUAUGAUGGAAGCUCGGUGUCUGAUAACGUGAGGAAUGGUUUAGUUCACUCAGAAGUGCACAAUGAAGACAGCAGAUGUGGAGAUGUGUCGCAGUUUCCCUAUGUGGAAUUUACAGGAAGGGACAGUGUCACCUGCCCAACCUGCCAAGGAACAGGAAGAAUUCCACGAGGGCAGGAAAAUCAGCUGGUAGCCUUAAUUCCAUACAGUGAUCAGAGACUGAGGCCAAGAAGAACAAAGCUCUAUGUGACUGCUUCUGUAACUGUGUGUUUACUACUCUCUGGACUGGCUGUAUUUUUCUUGUUUCCUCGCUCAAUUGAUGUUCAGUACAUUGGUGUGAAGUCGGUUUAUGUCACUUACGAACAGGAAAGACGGAUAAUCUAUCUCAAUAUUACAAACACACUUAAUAUAACGAAUAACAACUACUACUCUGUUGAAGUGGCAAAUAUCACAGCCCAAGUUCAGUUUUCAAAAACAGUUAUUGGCAAAGCACGGUUAAACAACAUCACCAACAUUGGUCCACUGGAUAUGAAACAGAUUGAUUAUAUGGUGCCCACAGUCAUACAAGAUGAAAUGAGCUACAUGUAUGACUUCUGUACUUUACCAUCUAUCAAAGUACAUAACAUAGUAGUGAUGAUGCAAGUGACAGUGACAACCUCGUACUUAGGCCACCCUGAGCAAAUAUCCCAGGAGAGAUACCAGUAUGUGGACUGUGGAGGAAACACGACCUACCAGCUGGGCCAGUCAGAAUAUUUAAAUGUCCUUCAGCCUCCACAGUAAAAGCACCUGUUGGUUGGUGUGGAAUGACUGCAGUUGGUGCUUGCAGGGAUCCAUUGGAUAAAACUGGUGUUCCAUGGAGUGGAGAGUACAUGUGAUGUACAGCAUAGCAAACAUGGAGAUCUGUACACUUUAGAUGCAAGGAGGGAAAGGUGCAAAUUGUAAAUAGGUGCACUUGUUAAAUGUUGUGUUUUCCCCUUCUGUUUGCUUUCUGUUACUGUAAGCACUUCUGUCAAGUUGUGUGGUGGGGGGAGAGGGGGAAUAUCAGAUUCUUGAACAGAAAUGGGACUUUUCCUUACAGUGUGGUACAUCAACUUAGAGUAACUGUGUGUAUGUCUGUGUUUAGGUGAAAUGUGUCACUAAUGAGCAUUUUCAAAAAGUAAUACUCAUAAUUUUUCAGUUUAUACUUCAGUUCUUGAUAUUUGACUAUUGAAAAUGGAAUGUUACUACUUAAAUAACAAGAUUACUUUGAGAUGUCUGGGUAUGAAAUUUUUGUUAGUAACCCAGUGACAGUAGUUCUUUAUUUUGGGAUUCUACGCUUUAUUUGCUGUCCAUGGUUAGAGGUGACAUGCAGUCUAUGAAAGCCAGGAAAGCUCUCUUGGAUGACACUAUAGUUGAAUGUGCAGUUUCUAGAAUCUGGCAUAUUUUCAUUCAUAUUCCCUCUUGAUACCUCUGGGAUGUUAUAAGGAGAAUAUAUAUUGUUAGAUUUAAAGAAACAACCCCCACAACAAUUACUGACAAGGAAAAACACAAGACUCUAGAAAACAAACAAGACUUUACUAGUCUGUUUUUUAGUAAGCUUUGUAGAGCAGGUAUUAAAAUCAAGAUUGUGCAUUUGGAACUAGAUGGGCAACUUUGAGCAUGGGUUUGGAGAGCUUGGUGUAAAUUUUUGUGAUUUUUACUGUUUUAAUAUAUUAUGUACCUAAGCAACUUUUAAGUGUUAAUGUGUUGGGUUGUGUUCAUUUCUCGCGCAGGCUCAGUAAGCAAAUGCAGUAGUUAUCUGUACCUCCAGAGCACUCAAUGGUCACAUCAAAGUUAUCUAAGGGAAGAUGAAGCAAUUCUUUCUGUAGGAGUAAAUGCUUAUGUAAUUGUGAGAUUACUGACUGACAGCACAAAAUAGUUUCUGUAGCACAGUUUGCACAUGUGAAUUUCUGGGGUAAUUGUCAAUCAUGAUGAUUAUAAACUUUGGGUCCAAAGUUGUUUGACUCCUGAAGGCUGACUGUUCUGAGGGUUAAUUUUUUAAUUAGCUAGAUCAGGAUUGUUUUAUUUCUGAAUUAGGUGAGAUGCAGCUGUAAGAAGGUACUAUUGAGUCUGUUGCAUUGUAAUGAAAAAUGUAUUUUUUUAAAUAGGUAUUACUGGUUUUUUUGCUGCCUAUCUCCUGGAAAUAAGCUACACAAAAUGAAUUGGCAAAAAACACAAUAGAAAAAGGCUUCUGAGUAACUUGCCACUAACAAUCUCUGAUGCCCCAGUGCUUCAGUAAAGAUAGAUGUCUACAUUAUUCUCUUAUUUGCUGUCCUCUCUUAGAUGGACCUAAGGGGGGGUGGGGAAAAACGUGGGUGAUGUACCCCUGAUUUAAGAGACAUUAAGUAACCAUAAUAAACCCCUAAAUCCCCCCCCUCCUCUAUGUGAAUUGCUAUGAGCACUUACUCUAGAGUCUGUGAAAACCUUUGGAACUUCAACUGUCAUAUAGCUGUUGUCAUAUAUCAGUUUCAUAUAGUUGUUGAUAAGAUUAAGACUACAUCUUCUGCCUUAGAGAAUUUCUGUAACUGCAGUAGUCAAUUGAGUUUACUUAUUGUAGUUAUAUUCCAAAGAUUAUUCUUGAUUUUGGGCUCUUAAAAGUGAAUAUUCUUUAUUACAGCUCACAGUCAUGAGGGAAACUAGGCCACAACUGACUCACCUUUCUAGAGUUUAGAUGAGGUUCAGUCCUGUAGCUGCUAAAAUGCAUUUAUAAGCUUGUCUGAUAGCCUGAAAAGAUACAGGUGAUAGCUAAAGACCAGGAGAGCGGGGAGCUGGCUAGAAGCAGAGAGGUAAACUCAUAAUAUCCUGUUGUAGAAAGAUAUGCUGUUAAUGGCAAGUAAGGAGAGAAUUCUGGUUUAAAUCAUAUCAGAACUGAAGUCUGCCAGCAAGUGACAGAGGCUCUUUUCCUCUAGACUUAAAUAUUUACACACUGGAGUGUUGUUUUUGUUUGGGGGUUAUUGUUUGUGGUUUUUGAAAUAGAAAAAGAAGAAAACAGCUGUAGGCAGAUAGUUAUAUUGACUUAAACCAUAUUUUUCUUCCAAGGGUGAAAAGUAAUCUAAAAUAACUGGAAUGGCACAAAGAUCAAAUUAUUUGGUGACAGUAGUGAAUGCUGCUUUUGCACAAGCAUGGCAGGGGUAAGUUACACUUCAUGUAAUGUUGAGACUCAAACUUGCUUUAGAAAUUUUGGUGGACAUGCUGAGCAAAAUCAGUACUUAAAUCUGUGAUUCUUAACCUUGCAUGAAGUGCGUGGAAUUCUCUGAUUUAAAUUAAAGAAUUGAGUGGAGUCAUUCUUUCCAUGUAUGUGUCAGAAGAGAGAGGAUAAAACUCAGGUUAUUUUAAUCUAGGAUAUCUAAACAUCAAUUUGUGAUAGACUUACUGAAUGAUGAAAAGUUCUCAUUUUAAGAAACAAACUGGGUUAAAAAUCCCACUGAAUUCUCAAAUUAAAUCAAUAAUGGGAGAAUAAAGAGCUUAAGGUUCCAAGUGCUAGUAUUCCCUUGCACAACUGUCAGCAUAUUACUAACCAAAUAAGGCAAGUAUUUCAAUUUAUCUACUGAUUUUAAUAUAGCGUCUCAUCAGAUAAACAGGUAAAUAUCUUGUGACUAUUUAACUUGUACUUGCUUUAUGUGACCAAGCUUGGAAACAUGCUAAGGGAGCAAGAGAACUCACUAUUAACGUAUAACUUUGUAAACAAGGUAUCAGUAUAGAUCCAAGUGCCAGACCUUUUGUUUUUCACAUUCGUUUUAUCUUGAUCUUAAAAUAAAAAAGGCAAGCCUUUCAGUUCAGUUGUAAAUCAAUAAAUAGAAUUCUCUCCAGAAAGUCAACUUGAAAAAUUAAAGGGUUUUUUUCCUGGGUUUUUUUUAUGUGUGUUUUCUGAACUGAUUCAUAUUUCAUUCAUAUCUUCCUCUGGUCUUCAAACACUAUCAAAAUACCUUUAUGCUGAUAUUGCAGUGUGUUUAUUUCUGGUAGAAUUCUUUUCACUUGAAUAUUUUGUAGCAAUUCCUUUGCCAAAACCUGUUGCACUUUAAAAUAGAAGCUCUGAUAGUUAUUUCUGAAAACAGUAAGAAAUAUAGUUCGGAUGUUGCACUGUAAUGGCACUAUUGAAAAUCAGCUUAAUGUAUUCUGUUUAAAAUAACUAUAAAAUUUCAAAAAUUUAACUGAAGUAUGGAACACUUAAAUGCGUAAGAAUGUUGACUGUUUGACCAUUGGAGAACAAAGUUAUUGUACGUUUCAAAUAUACUGCUUUAAAAAUAAAAGAAUUAAUAAAUAACCAUCCAAGAUCCAAACCAUCAAAGAUCUAAUCAUCAAAUAUCUAUCUGGAGAGAUUUAAAGGGAAGCACUCUUAUUAAAAGAUUAAAUACCUGACAUUUCUGAAUUCCUGUUGUGGGAAAAAGCCUGUAGAAGUUAAUUCAUAAUUUCUUUACUCAUCUCAAUGUCAUAGGGAUGGUUGCUUAAUUCCUAAUCUUUUGUGAAGACAAACCAUAAGUAUAUUUUUUCUCUGUGGUGUAACUUCGAAGUUCUUAAUGCACUUCUGAUGUGUGCAUGACCUGGAUGUUAACAUUUUAGUGUUUAUAUUUUGCAGCCUGAUAUUGGCAGAUUUGAGUACAUGUUUUAGUUGACUUUGCUUCAAAUUGUCCUUGAACUUCUGUAGUGAAUAUAUUUUUUUCAUAAUAGUGCAUUGCAAACAUGCUGGGCUUUUUAGCAUGUGGUUUAUAAAGGGAGCCAUUUAAACACCAAACCUCUAAGUGCUUGGAUUAAACCAUGAGGGUCUUUAACCUGACUGAAGUUCUGUGCCCUCAUGAUGGAAAGGAUGGUGCUUGGAGUGGUAUAAAAGAAAUUUCUAUAUUCAGAAAAUGCUAAAAGAGAAAUAGUGUUAUUCAGCAUUUAAGGUUUCCCUUUUUUUCCUCCUUUUUUUUUUUCAGGGGUGGUAGUUGUGGUUUUGUUUUUCCUCCCACCCCGCUAAUCUAUAGCAAGACAUCUCUCUGUUCCCAGACAGCACCUUCUGAAAUGGGUGACUUGUUCCAGAGCUGGGCAGCUGCAGGAAGCUUCACUUCAACUGAAUUGCACUUGCAGAGUUAGGAGAUGAGAAAGACCAGCAGUGGUACCUCUAACAACUAUGAACUACACUUGCCUGUCUAAAAUGACACGACCCUAGUAAUUCUUCCAGGCUUUCCUCUACUGAAAGGGAAGGAUAAAUAAAGCAAGUGCAACCAAUAUACUUCAGCAAUGUACUACUUGCAACCAGCAAAAUAUUUGUUAGUGAUGGCCCUGGUCACACCAAAAAGUCUCCUUUUUUUAUUUUGGCCCAGGGAAGGAGGAAUAGAUCCCAGCCAAAAGAUAUUGAGAACAAAGAUUUGGCUGUGGCAAAACGCAAUGUCUGUUCCACUUCAGAAGUCACCUACCUAUUUUAGGUGAAUUGUGAUCAUUACCAGAGGGGUGUUUUGGGGUAGUUCUAUUACCUACAGCUUUUGCCAUGGGAAUCUGCUUUUCCAUGGGUAGGCAGGCCUGUUGGCCAGGAAAACCAGUCUGCAUGGGAUCUGCACAUGUGUGGAGAGCCCUUCAGUCUAGUGGGAGACUGUUCAGUGGGAGUAACAUCCUGAUCCUCAUACUCUCCUCCUCCAGCCAUCACAAGGGUCCUACAGCUUGGAUGCAUGUGUUUCCUGGGUACUGAAACUGCUUUUGCUUUGCAUGGGCAGGGAUGUUUAGUACCACACAUGUCGGUGUAUUAUGGUGCCUGAGUAUUUUGGGUCUGACUAACUGUGGUUUAGUUCUUUUGUUUGUUUUAAGGAAGCAAAUUUAACUGCUGUUAACAUCCAAUGUACAGAGUGUGCAUAUAAUAGCUUGAGAUAUGUAUAGAAAUACUAAUGAGUGAUAACUAUUUUUGUAACUUAAGAUGUUCUUGUAAGUGUGUAGCAAACAAUCUAUCCAGUAAAGCAUGAUAAACACUCUAGAAGUCAAAGAGUAUUUUGGAAUAACUUGUAGGACACAGAAGCUAUGUUAACGUAAGCUAACUGGGGCGCAAGGGAUGUUGUUAUUCAGAGGUUCAAAAUCUGGGCCUAACCUUAUUAUGAAUAUGUUUCUAGACAGGAUUGUUUGACUCAAAGAAUUAUAUUAAAUUUUCUAUUUUAAAAGCUUGGAUCACGUAUAUUUUUUUUUAACUGACUUAGUAUUUUUCUCCCCUUCUUCCCUGUCUCCCACAAGUUUUCCCUCUAUCUCACCAUAUUUUCCCUCUAGCUUUCAUGUAUUUUCAAGGAUAUUACUUCAAUUUUUGUAACUUGGCAUUCCAUGAUGUGAAGACUUUGCAAUCUACUUUUUUUAUACUAUGUUUUAUUGUGUUAAGCCUGUAAUAAACUUGAGUAUCUGAAAGCUGAACACCA